CAUUGACAUUGUUUAAACCCAGGAUAAAUGCUUUGUGAAUUUGUGUAUCUACUGUGGCCUAAAAUGGAGAUAAACCUUUUUUAAAAAUCACAGUACAUUUUAAAGUAGCUUACUAGUGUCAGGGUUUUUGUAUUAUUGACAACAACUGUUGUUAAUAAAUGCAAUUGCUGUAGACAGUAUUCUUUAUUUUUAAUUUUCCUCAGAUCUCACGAUCUAAAUUCACAUCCACAUCCCAGUCUGUAGUCCUAGAAAACGUAUGUAUUUGUUAACCAUUAAGGUACUAUGGAUUUCUAUGUUUUUCUUUAAAAUACAUAGAAGUAGAGUGUUGUGCUCCCCAGUCAUAGACUCCUAUGACAAUCAAAUACUGUACUUUGUCCAGAAACCCGGCUACUACAACUAAGAAGGAAAGAGAAAAGGAAAAAGGCAUGUUAUGUUGUGACAUGGGAGGGAGAAUAGUUUGCAACUCAGCUACCCAGCAGACCAAAUCAAAAAGAGUAAACCAUGUACAAAAAGGAUUCCCAAGGUGCCAUCUUGGGUAAAGCAGGAGGAAAUAUGGAAAAUCUUUCUCAUUUCACAAGCGAGCACACUUUUUUGCUCAAACUCCUGUUGUUCUGUAGUUGCCUUUGUUUCUGCAUAGAUCAACUGUAGCCAUGAAUAGCAAGGGAAGAGAACAACCCAGGAAUUGCAACUUUUCCUCCAGGCUCACAAGUCAGUGAACUUCGUUUCAACUCUACUUCAAAUCACAAUGUCAGAGCAACUGGAUUUGCCAGUGAGACAGGCAGGUGUUAUCUACUUGAAAAAUAUGAUAACCCAGUAUUGGCCUGACCGGGAAACUAAUCCAGGAGACAUCCCACCUUACUCAAUACCAGAAGAAGACAGACAUUGUAUUCGUGAAAAUAUUGUAGAAGCUAUUAUUCAUUCUCCUGAGUUGAUCAGAGUUCAGCUUACUACUUGCAUUCACCACAUUAUUAAGCAUGAUUAUCCCAAUCGUUGGACUGCAGUUGUAGAUAAAAUUGGAUUUUAUCUUCAGUCUGAUAAUAGUGCUUGUUGGCUUGGAAUACUUCUCUGUCUUUAUCAACUUGUGAAGAACUAUGAAUAUAAGAAACCAGAAGAACGGACUCCUUUGAUAGCAGCAAUGCAGCACUUCUUGCCUGUUCUGAAGGAUCGGUUUAUCCAGCUCCUUUCUGAUCCCUCUGAUCAGUCUGUUCUUAUUCAGAAACAGAUCUUCAAAAUUUUCUAUGCUCUUGUUCAGUAUACAUUACCCCUUGAACUGAUCAAUCAACAAAAUCUAGCAGAAUGGAUAGAAAUUCUGAAGGCAGUGGUGGACCGAGAUGUACCAGCAGAAACCCUGCAGGUUGAUGAAGAUGAUAGACCUGAAUUACCAUGGUGGAAAUGUAAGAAGUGGGCAUUACAUAUCUUGGCUAGACUCUUUGAAAGGUAUGGAAGCCCUGGUAAUGUUUCCAAGGAAUACAACGAAUUUGCUGAAGUUUUCUUAAAGGCGUUUGCUGUUGGUGUGCAGCAGGUGUUGCUGAAGGUAUUAUAUCAAUAUAAGGAAAAGCAGUACAUGGCUCCAAGAGUUCUGCAGCAGACAUUGAACUACAUCAAUCAGGGGGUAUCCCAUGCAGUCACUUGGAAGAAUCUGAAACCCCAUAUACAAGGAAUUAUCCAAGAUGUUAUUUUCCCAUUGAUGUGCUACACAGAUGCUGAUGAAGAGCUGUGGCAGGAAGAUCCUUAUGAAUAUAUACGUAUGAAGUUUGAUGUAUUUGAAGACUUCAUUUCCCCCACAACAGCUGCACAAACAUUGUUGUUUACAGCAUGUGGUAAAAGGAAAGAGGUUCUGCAGAAGACUAUGGGCUUUUGCUAUCAGAUUCUCACGGAACCAAAUGCUGAUCCUCGUAAAAAAGAUGGAGCUUUGCAUAUGAUUGGGUCUCUGGCUGAAAUACUUCUGAAAAAAAAGGUAUACAAAGAUCAGAUGGAGUACAUGCUACAGAAUCAUGUGUUUCCUCUCUUCAGCAGUGAAUUAGGUUACAUGAGAGCACGGGCUUGUUGGGUUCUUCACUAUUUCUGUGAAGUUAAGUUUAAGAGUGACCAGAACCUACAGACAGCUCUUGAGCUCACAAGAAGAUGCCUAAUUGAUGAUAGAGAAAUGCCUGUCAAAGUGGAAGCUGCCAUAGCACUGCAGGUCCUGAUUAGUAAUCAAGAAAGAGCUAAGGAAUAUAUUACUCCAUUCAUUAGACCUGUAAUGCAAGCUCUUCUUCAUAUUAUUAGAGAAACGGAGAAUGACGAUCUUACCAAUGUGAUUCAGAAAAUGAUAUGUGAAUAUAGUGAAGAGGUGACACCUAUAGCAGUAGAGAUGACUCAGCAUUUGGCAAUGACAUUUAAUCAGGUGAUCCAGACAGGACCAGAUGAAGAAGGCAGUGACGACAAAGCAGUAACAGCAAUGGGCAUCUUGAAUACCAUUGAUACACUUCUCAGUGUAGUUGAAGACCACAAAGAGAUUACCCAGCAGUUGGAAGGCAUCUGUUUGCAAGUAAUUGGAACAGUUUUGCAACAGCAUGUUUUAGAAUUCUAUGAGGAAAUUUUUUCCUUAGCUCACAGUCUGACCUGUCAGCAGGUUUCAGCACAGAUGUGGCAACUUUUGCCUUUAGUCUUUGACGUAUUUCAGCAGGAUGGAUUUGAUUACUUUACAGAUAUGAUGCCACUGUUGCAUAAUUAUGUAACUGUUGAUACAGAUACCCUCCUGUCUGACACCAAGUACUUAGAAAUGAUUUACAGUAUGUGCAAAAAGGUACUUACAGGUGUAGCAGGAGAAGAUGCAGAAUGUCAUGCAGCAAAGCUUUUAGAGGUGAUCAUUCUACAGUGUAAAGGCCGUGGCAUUGAUCAGUGUAUACCUUUAUUUGUGGAAGCUGCUUUAGAGAGGUUGACCAGAGAAGUUAAAACAAGUGAAUUGAGAACAAUGUGCCUCCAGGUUGCCAUAGCUGCUCUGUACUACAAUCCACAUCUACUUCUGAAUACUUUGGAAAAUCUUCGUUUCCCCAAUAAUGUGGAACCAGUUACAAAUCACUUCAUUACACAAUGGCUUAAUGAUGUAGACUGUUUCUUGGGACUUCAUGACAGAAAAAUGUGUGUACUAGGCUUGUGUGCUCUCAUUGAACUGGAGCAAAUACCACAAGUUUUAAAUCAGGUUUCAAGCCAAAUCCUGCCAGCUUUCAUCCUUCUAUUUAAUGGUUUGAAAAGAGCAUAUGCUUGCCAUGCUGAACAUGAAAAUGAAAGUGAUGAUGAUGAGGAAGCAGAGGAAGAUGAGGAAGCAGAGGAGCUUGGGAGUGAUGAAGAUGAUAUUGAUGAAGAUGGACAAGAAUACUUAGAGAUUUUGGCAAAGCAGGCUGGAGAAGAUGAGGACUGGGAAGAAGAUGAUGCUGAGGAGACAGCUUUGGAGGGAUAUUCAACAAUUAUUGAUGAUGAAGAUAAUCCCGUUGAUGAAUACCAGAUAUUUAAAGCAAUUUUUCAGACAAUUCAGAACCGUAACCCUGCAUGGUAUCAAACUUUGACACGGGGUCUUAAUGAAGAACAAAGAAAACAGUUGCAGGACAUUGCAACUUUAGCAGAUCAGCGAAGAGCAGCCCAUGAAUCCAAAAUGAUUGAAAAGCAUGGGGGAUAUAAAUUCAAUGCUCCAGUUGUGCCAAGUUCAUUCAAUUUUGGUGGUCCAGCUCCAGGAAUGAAUUGAAGUAUCACUACUUUUCCUCCUGCUGUGUGAUUGUAGUGAAGAGCUUGUGUUCCUCCCAAUAUAGUGGUUCCAGAACUGGUUCAUGUUAUCUACAGCUCACUCUAAAUGAAUUGGUAGACUGAACAUUUUUAAAAGAAAAACCAACCCAGAAAGUGGGACUUGAUCAUGCAACCUAAAACUGGAAAGAAGGUUUUAUGAAGAUAGGAAGAACCUGACACUUGAGCUUCAAAUGACACACUGUGGAAAUCAGAAAUCAAGAGGGAAUGUCAUGAAGGCAGCUCCCUUCCUGUGACGAAAAAAGGCAUUGGCUGCAGGACUCUUGGAAAGGUCUCAUUUACAGUGCAAAAGCUAGAAGGCCAAUUUAAUUUUUACACCUGUGGGACUGAUUAUUUGCCCAAUUUUCCCCCUUCCCCUUCUCCCUGCUGGGUAUCUGUUCCUCAAAUGUACAUAAAGAUAAUUGGAUAGCCUUACUUAACACUUCCAUCAUUUCCAUUUAUCAAGGUUGUUCAUAUGUAGAAUAUGGACACUUAUCGUAGCACUACAUAACUGAUUAAAUCUGUAAAUGAUUUAGCACUUUCAUAUUGAAACAAGCCUGCUAGCCUAUGUACAAAAAUAGCAAAAUGUUUGUUUAUUAAAAAAAGGGAUGUUCUGGGGAAAAUUUCAAGUUAUUAAUUUAAAACUAGCAGUUUUGUACCUGGUGACUUUAUGGUGCAGUCACCACUGGUUGUGACUUGAAUUUGGUUAUGUAAAAGGGGGUUAGUGGUAUUUCAUUGCUGCUAAAAAGAAAAAAAAUGGCAACACCUUCUGUGUCCUGUUCUUUCCUUAAAGCUGUCAGUAUACAAGUGGAAAAUGGAUACAGAAACCUUCAUGUUUGAGGUGGGAGUUCAUUUUCUCAGCAGCAUGUGAAAUCUGAUAUGAAGUUCUGCUUUUACAGGAGUGUUUUUUGAAGUGUGGUGAAACAUCUACAUAAGCAGUCUCCUAAAAAAUAAUUUGGCUAGCUUGGGUUAGAUCUGAUUGAGGUUUUAUUCCCAUAUUUGGGAAUAUGGUUAUUUUUAUCUUGUUAUUCCUUUUCCAGCACCUGGGUAGUUUUUAAUACCUUCUCCCCUCUCCCCACUUUGAGAUAUCCAGAGGUUCACAUUCAUUUGCCUGAUCAAGCGAAGACAGUGACCCAGUUCAGAUGAUCAUUUCAGUUUAAACAACCAAAGUGUGACCUACUCUUUUGCCCACAAAUGCAGCCCCUUGCACAAGACACAGACCAGGAAGUAUUUGCUGAACUAUAGAUCCCUCUUUGUGAGAACUUGGGAACUUUUAGUUACCUGCUUUGGAGCAAAACAAAAACCUAAGUGACUGUUGUGGAGAUCCAAGGCUCUGUAUCCCCACAAAAUCUGAGUUCUUUCAAAGCUGGUUAACUAAUUUCCAGGUUUCCACAAAACAGUAUAAGUAUGGUUAAGUUACAUGGCAUAUCUGUGUCUUCUGCUAAGGUGUUGUGUGCACAGGCAAAAGGCUUAUUGGAAUCCUGGCUUAGUAAAGAGCUUAUUGAUCAUUUGAAUUUGCUUCAGGGUUACCAAGUCCCAUUUCUGAAGCAAUCAUUCUUUUUCCUUUGUUUUCUUGCCUCCAGGUGGUAUACUAGCUAGUAUUUUAACUAGAAAGGCAACAAAACUACUCCCUACUGGGACCACUAUUAGAAUGAGUAAGAAGCCUACGUCAAAAUGAUGGAAUAGGACUUCGUACCCCAUCCAUUAAAUAAAUCUGAAAAGUAAUCUUAAAUGCAGAAUUUCUUUUUUUUUUCCCUUGCCUUGAUCACGGGUGUCAAAUCUUUUAAGUAAAAUGUUUCUUUCUCCUGUUUUUAUAUUCAGUGUCAUCUGCUGUUACAUCUGGUAUUGAACAAGCUAUCUUAAUUUAAUUGUAAGCCUCCAAAACUUUAAAGGCAGGUUGAAAAUUGAACUGAAUUUAUAUCUAUAAAAAUGAAACUGAAAUGAACAUAUAUAUAUAAUGAUAUUCAAAAAUGCAGUCUUCAGAAAACCA